GGCCAGCCGGUUGGCGGUAGUGCUCGUUCAUGACGGCGCAAGCUGGUAUCUGCGCCGUUUGCGCCGCGCCGGAGUCUGAUCCAUCCCAGCUGCACACCUGCGCGGGAUGCGGGGUGACCGUCCACAUCGAUUGCUACCUCGGCUCGUGUGCGGACGCGCCGGCGGCUGGUCACUUUCGGUGCAGCGCUUGCACGGAGGUGCAGCCCAACGGCGAGCCGGUGGUGUGCGCCUUGUGCGCAUCUGGCGGAGGCGCGCUGCUCAGGUCCGUCGACGGCGGCUGGGUGCAUGGCGUGUGUGCGAGCUUUGUUCGCGGUGUCUCGCUCAGGCAGAGCCCAUGUGGCUCCGCGCUGGUUGCGUAUGGUGUGCAGGCGGCCCUGGCCGCGUCUGCUGCGCAGCCCUUUGAGAAGCGCUGCGACGCGAGCGGCGGCGGCGAUGGUGCCGGCAAGGUGGUCGAGGUGUCCGGCGGAGGCAAGUGGCGCGGCUGCUCGAAGAGCGAGCGCUGCAGCCGUCCGGAUAGGCACCCGGGGCUGUGCAAGCUGAACGCCACACCGUCGGCCUUGCCGGAGGUCGCACCGGUCGCAAACGGCAACGGCGCUGGCGACGGGCGCGCCGUCCCUCUCUCGCUCGUCGUCGCGAUUCAGUCAGCGCAUGCGGCGGCGCUCGAGGCGUGCGAGGCGGGGUGCGGCGGCGAGGGGGCUGUGGCAGGCGAGGGGACUGUGGCAGGGACACCGGCCCUCUGCUACAGCAGCGCGCUCGAGUCCCGCGCGACCAAGCUCGCCCGCCUCGCCGCGCCCGCGGCAGCACACUACGGCGUCGGCACCGAGCGCGCCGGGCCCGACGGCCGCACUUGGCGCGUCGCGAUGGUCGACCAGAAGCUGUGGCCUGGCGCCUUCGCCGCCGGCUGGCGCAUCCGCGAGGCCUACCUCAACUCGCGAAAGUACGGCAACUGGAGGUACGUCACGCCGUGGGGAGAGCACCACAAGACGCGCGCAGAGGCGGCCGAGGCGCACGCGCUCGACGAGGCGGGCAUGGCGCCGCCGCGCGCCUACCCGCGCGUCCGACUCGUCCUGUCUCGCGGCGGCGCGCCCAACCCCGACGGGUCGGACCGCCUCGCGCCUCGCAUCGCUCGGCCGCCGUCGAGCGCGGCGCGGUCGCCGGCGAUCAAGCGCGACCUCGAGGACGCGGCCGAGGCGCAGUCGCCGUGAAGGGCGGCGUGCGACGGCCCUGCCGGGCUGGAAGCAGAGGCGCGAGUGCGCGUUUGGCUCCAGGCCCGAGGACCUGUGGAGGGUCGUGCACGUGGCUCAGCCCCAUGCAGGAUGACUCUCGGCACUGCUCGCCUCGCUCCACCUCCCGCGGUUGUUGGUUUCUUGAUGUUCUCAUGUUGCAAUUACAAACACACA